AUGGGGACGAUCAAUGCAAAAGAGCGGCAGAAAGGAGAAGAGGAGGUGGCGAUGGCGAGCAGAGGCAAGAAGGGACUCAAGUCAGGCAUGUUCCUUGGAGGGCAAGUUGGAUCCUCAGCUAGUAGGAUGGAGGACUCAGCAUGGGACCUGGUCGGUUGUUGUUUACAGCGAAACGCGCAUCAAAGAAUUCUAGCUUCAACCCAUACAAACAAGCAGGUAGAAUCUCCAUUCGGCGUGGUCCCAACCUUUGAACAAAUCUCCGUCCCGCGCUCGUCUGCUCACAUGGCAAGCAUGAGAAGGGGCUCGUACAGUGGCAAGGAGAUAUCUGGAGCACCACAAAAUUUCACGUCGUUCCGUCGACUGAGUGAGAUCAAGCUUGAAACGAAGAAGGACGCCGAUCCGAAUGGCAAGUUGACAUUCAGCCCGAAAGGACUUCUCAAGCAAAAACAGGGGUUUGUGCAUUUCAACGAAGAAAGCAUGUCGAAAUCAUUUCGUCAGAAUCAGAACGUAUCAGCGUUGCACAAUCUUUGGUGA